AAAACCCAAACCCUUUUCCCAUCAACAAGCAUGGCAUUGGCAGCAUUGUAUUUGGAAUUGAAAUGGCAGGUGGUGAAAAUAAUAUUUCAACCUAUUCCUCCUACUUGUAGUAAAUUUCCAUUUCCCCCAAACAAACCCGUACAUUUGUUUCCCUACACCUCCUUACCCUCGCCAAACACUCCUCCUUCUACCGGAGAUCGCGGAGAGUGAGAAUCGUCGGCCAUCGGAUCUACAUCCCGGCGAUUUCCACGGCUUCAUUCUUUUCUCCCGAUCUCUUUUUCAAUCAGUCUUUUGGCGAUCAUUGUAAUAUACGGUCUUUUUUUUCAACCAUUAGGGUUUUUUGAUUUUGUUUAAUCGGAAUCGACUUUCGAUCGAAAUAAUUAGUCGAAGAAGAAGAGGAGCUCUUCUUCAUCUAUGGAGGGAUGCAAGUUUGUGUAAGUUUCUCUUGGAAGUAGGUUAUGCUUCGUCAUCUCAGAUGGUUAAUUGAUUUGACUCAGAGAAAUUUAACGACAAAGAGAUUGACCGAUGCGGAGGUUAAACCAUUUAAGCCAGCUAUGUUGGAUUCUUUUCAUGAAGUUGCUAUUUACCUUCAUAGGUUUCACAAUCUUGAUCUUUUCCAGCAAGGAUGGUACCAAAUUAAAGUUUCGAUGAAGUGGGAGGAUGGGGGUGGGACCUAUGUUGGAAUUCCCUCAAGAGUUGUACAAUAUGAAGCUCCUAGCAUGGGUUCUGAUAGUAGUUAUGGAGUUUGGAGGAUUGAUGAUUCAGAUAAUAGUUUUUCAACUCAACCUUUUAAAAUUAGAUAUGCAAGACAAGAUGUUCCUUUGUCCGUUAUGGUAGCUUUUAACCUCUCACUUUCAAAUCGUGAGGUACCCGCUAAGUCUGGUGUUGUUAUCAAAUUUGAACUUCUUUACUCUUCUUUACUGGAGAAAGGCUCAGAGCUGCAUGCUUCCUUGAAUACUUCUGCUGCGGCUAUUCAUGAGUUCAGAGUUCCUCCUAAAGCACUUUUGGGACUGCAUUCAUAUUGUCCUGUCCUUUUUGAUGCUUUCCAUUCUGUGCUUUUAGAUGUUACUAUACAUGUUAGCCUCUUGAAAACAGUUGCACAGAGUCUCCAAAAGAAGGUACCCAGCAACUCUUUCAAGGGUGAGAAUAUUGAGGGGAAGAUUCCUGAAAAAUCGGCUAAAGAACUGGGUAAAGUGGUAAAAGAGGUGCUGCUUGUCAAAUCAUUGUUAACUGCACGGGACAUUCUUCUGGAAGAGGCACAAAAACUCGGGAAAGCAAUUGAUCAAACGAUUGACUUCACAGAUUUUAUUUCCCAACUGGAUGAUACAAAGUUAUUUGGUUCUUUAUCACAAGCAGAUGGAUCAUCUUCAACUGAUACAGAUAUUAAAAAUCCAGAACUAGCUGACUCUCAGAAGAGUUUGGAGAGAGCAAGCCUUUUUCUUGAUUUUCGAAGUAAUGGGGCUCUCCAGUCCCUAUCUAGGGACAGUCUACUCCAUUUUGCUCAUACGAUUGGGAAUCAAAUUCACUACUUGUGGAAUACUUUUCUGAAUUUUCACAGGGCUAAUAAAACUAAGCUAACAGAAUAUCUUAGGGAAUCGUGGGCCAGUGAUCGGAGAACUGAAUGGUCAAUAUGGAUGGUGCAUUCUAAGGUUGAGAUGCCACACCAUUUUAUUAGUAGCAGAGGUGAUGAAGUUUCACUUCAUAGUGGACUACGUGGGAAAGUAGCAGUCUUACGGAAAUUGCCUGAUGAUCCUGCUCAAACUGCUGCUACACGAGCCGAGCUUCAUCGACGCAGUAUUGCGCAAAUGAAAAUCAACAGCCGCUCAGUUCAAGACUUGCAAAUAUUUGGAGAUCCUUCAAGUGUGCCUGUGGUAAUUGUAGAACGUGUUAUCAACGCACCAAGACGUUCUUCUAGUGGCAAUUCAUACUUUGGUCAUGUAGAUCAGAGGGCACCAUCUACGUUGCUUUCUGAACUUAAAACUGUGAGCAAAAUAGCUGGUGCCGAUAAUCUAGCGAAUGGUCGUGUGCUGAAAAUUGUUGUCUUUGUGCAUGGAUUUCAGGGACAUCAUUUGGAUUUGCGACUUGUUCGUAACCAGUGGCUUAUGAUAGAUCCCAAGAUAGAGUUUCUUAUGUCUGAAGCAAAUGAAGACAAAACAUCUGGAGAUUUCAGAGAAAUGGGAAAUAGGCUAGCAAAAGAGGUUGUCUCUUUUGUUAAGAAAAAGAUGGACAAACUUUCAAGAUCGGGAGGUUUGCGAAGUAUCAAGCUUAGUUUUGUGGGGCACUCCAUCGGAAAUGUUAUCAUAAGAACGGCACUGGCUGAUAGUAUUAUGGAGCCUUAUCUCAGAUUCUUGCACACCUAUAUCUCUGUAUCUGGUCCGCAUUUAGGAUAUUUGUACAGUUCAAACUCUCUAUUUAAUUCUGGGCUGUGGCUUUUAAAGAAGCUGAAAAGCACGCAAUGUAUUCAUCAGCUUACUUUGACUGAUGACCCAUAUCUGCAGAAUACCUUCUUCUUCAAGCUAUGCCAGCAAAAAACGUUGGAAUACUUCAAGAAUCUCAUUCUACUAUCUUCACCACAGGAUGGUUAUGUACCCUAUCAUUCUGCUAGAAUUGAACUGUGCCCCGCAUCUUCAACCGACUUUUCAAAAAGAGGCAAAGUUUUCCUAGAAAUGUUGAACAAUUGCUUAGACCAGAUACGAUCUCCCUCUGUGGAGCAUAGAGUUUUCAUGCGAUGUGAUGUUAAUUUUAACAUGUCUUCUCAUGGCAAAAACCUAAACACUUUCAUUGGACGCGCUGCUCACAUAGAGUUCUUGGAAACAGACAUCUUUGCAAAGCUCAUAAUGUGGUCCUUUCCAGAUCUAUUUCAGUAAUCAAGCUGAAAGGUAGUAUUUGCAUUAAGAUGCUUAUAUAACCAGUAUUUGUUAGCAAGAUAUGUUUUGUCGAGGAUGUAAUUCGAAGUUGCUAUUGUUGGACAUGGGUUGGGAGCAAGGAAUGAUUCCUUGAGAAACAAGAGCAUAAAUCCCAGGAAAUGUAUACUUAUCUAGGUAAGCUGGAUUCUGUAUUUGUACUUCAUCGCGAUUUUAUCAGCUUUUUGUUUAGGAUCAUAGCAGUAGAUCCCUUGGGAUUUAGGUACUUAGAAAAUCUCAUUUGUACAGUUGAGAAAUUUACAUAUGUAGUUUAUUUGUUUCACAAGUUGUUCAUUCCCAUAUUGUAUUUUGUUACUGCCUGUUGCCUUUGCAUCUAAUGUAAGCAACCAGUUUUGCGUUCUA